AACAGUAUUCUGCGCGUUUCAGUUGCAAGCCCGACCUGGAAGCCCGCAACGAAUCGUCAGUCCUCCAGCCUUCUUUCGACAUCUCCGAUUAGGAUCUUCGGGAUUUGCAGAUAGUCAAACAUGAGUUGGGUGAUGAAGAACACAAAUGCGCUGAUCAGCACCAUGUCGGCUGACACACUCCGGGAAGAUGAAGUCGAGGUUUCGUCGAAACUCGGAUUUGACACGCUCUGCACUUACAAUUGGUUGAAGGAUGGCAGUGCUAUACUGGUACCAGGUGGCCCUCCCCGCUGGAGGCCCAAUGAUCUCCCUGUUACUCUAGCCCAAGACACGGGCCACCAAUACAUCGACCUAAACGCUUUCCGGGUCCCAAAGUUUCCUUUUGAGCCUGCAUUUCGAGCUCUGUCUAUCAUGAAUCAAAGUCUGGAAUUAAACGACAUAGAUGUCGUAGUCAAUCGGAACAGUCUACGCAAGCUGCUGAACUUCUCAGCAGGCAGACGCCAAGAUCCGUUUCGAAUUGACCUUCACAUGAUCAACAAUACACUGUUCAUGAGCCGUCGAGAGCGAAAUGCCCGGUCUAUGAUACACGGGGCUGCCAACUCGGGUUAUGGGCAUAAUUUUGAAACUGCUUUCACUGAACCUCAGGCUGGAUUGGAUCAUUCCAGCAGCCACCAUAGAGUCAUACGCUACAAGCUUGGCAGUCUCGACUGCAUUGUUCGUUUUGAGGUCGACGCGUGCUAUGAAGACAGCGAAUCUCAUCAUCCCGCACCGGUCACUGCGGACAAUGUGGAGGACAUUGUCACAUCGCUUGCCAGUCUCGGAAUCGUUACUGUCGAAUCGGAAAGAAGGGCUUUGGGGCACACCAAAGUGAUUCUCAGGGGGCAUACUAUUGCGCCAUCAUCGUUGGCAGAGCUGAAGGCGCACAAGACUGUAAAGAUCAGCCAAGCUGUACCACAGCUAUGGUUCGGUCGAACUCCUUACCUCAUCACUGGCAAGCAUGUGGAAGGCACCGUCCACUCAAUCAGCUGCGAUCAGGUUGGGGAGAGAUUCGAGGCUUGGGAGAGAACCCAUCAGAGUACUCUGCGGAAACUUGUCAACUUACUGCAGGGUUUGAAGCAAACCGUUGGAUCCAUGGAGCACCGAACUGCAAUCUUAGUGUGCCGGAAAAAAGGAGCGCCUCUAGAGAUCUUCAGCGAGAAGCAAAGAUCCCAUGUCUUGCCAUUGGAUAUAGCCAGACAGUACUGGGAGUUGGGAGUAAAACGCAAAAACGCAAAACGUAGCACAAAGCAAUCCAAUACAAGCACAUGAUUUUUGGCAGGUUCGCAAGGAUUAUAGCUAUUGAGGAUUCUCGGCCGGGAUGUCGGGCGAAC